UAAGAACUAGAAUUCAUCCUAUCAACCAUCUUCCACCUGCCUUCGGAUUUGGACUGGUUUUUUGGAUCUGGUCCAUCUAAUAAAUAAUAAUUCCUCCUCUCCCCCGUUAAUGAAACAAAAAGGCUGGCGGGCGGAGGGAGAGAAAGAGGACAGAGUGAGAGAGAGUUGAGAAGAGAAUUGUCGGCAAUGGCAGGAGAGAAGGCCCAGGAAAUGGAGAAAUUAGAGAACGGCAGAGCAGCGGAGCCAGUAAUCAAGUACAGGGGAUGGAAAGUGAUGCCAUAUGUCAUAGGAAAUGAGACAUUCGAGAAGCUGGGGACCAUCGGCACGUCGGCGAACCUACUGGUCUACCUCACCACCGUCUUCCACAUGAACAGCGUCACUGCGGCCACCACCCUCAAUAUCUUCAAUGGAACUACUAAUUUAACUCCCCUUCUUGGGGCUUUCCUCUCAGACACUUACUUCGGCCGUUACACCACUUUGGCGUUUGCUACUAUUUCUUCCUUACUGGGCAUGGUGAUCCUUACCUUGACUGCUGCAAUUUCCAAGCUGCACCCUCCUCAAUGCUUGCAAGGCGAAUCAUGCUCGGGUCCCUCGGCAGCCCAGCUUGCAGUGCUCCUUUCUAGCUUUAUGUUCCUGGUAAUCGGCGCCGGAGGAAUUCGGCCAUGCAACCUACCGUUCGGCGCCGACCAGUUCGACCCCCAUACGGAGUCUGGAAGGAGAGGCAUCGACAGCUUCUUCAAUUGGUACUACUUCAGCUUUACGAUGGCCAUGAUGGUCGCCUCCACGUUCAUCAUCUACGUCCAGAGCAACGUGAGCUGGGCACUGGGCCUGGGCAUCCCCACCAUCCUCAUGUUCUUCUCCUGCGUCCUCUUCUUUCUGGGGACCAGGCUCUACGUCAAGGUAAGGCCUGAGGGAAGCCCUUUCACCAGCAUUGUUCAAGUCUUGAUAGCAGCAUUUAGAAAACGAGGGCUGGAGCUACCUGCUGACCCCAAGAUAUCCCUCUUCAACCCUCCUCAUCUUAGUUCUCUCGUCACCAAGCUUCCCCACACCGACCAAUUUAGGUUUCUUGACAAGGCUGCAAUCGUAACUCCUGCAGACGAAAUCAAGCCAAAUGGCUAUGCUGCAAAUCUGUGGAGAUUAUGCAGUAUCCAACAAGUUGAAGAGGUAAAAUGUCUCGCAAGAAUCAUUCCCAUAUGGUCUACAGGCAUCAUCUUCUACCUUGCAAUCGUCCAAGAAACAACUUAUGUGAUCUUUCAAGCCCUUCAAGCUGAUAGGCAUUUUGGGAGGAGCAAAUUUCAAAUACCAGCCGCUUCUAUCACUGUAUUUGCCAUGCUAGCCUUAACAAUUUGGGUACCUAUUUACGACCGCAUUUUAGUCCCACGACUUCGAAGAAUUACUGGGAGAGAAGGGGGCUUGACGCUACUGCAAAGGAUGGGAGUUGGAAUCAUUCUCUCCAUAGUCGCUAUGAUCAUCUCUGGAUUUGUCGAAGAACGGAGGAGGAGUUACGCCCUUCGUCGGCCGAUCCUUGGGAGUACAUUGCCCGGCGCCGGUGCCAUCUCAUCCAUGUCUAGCUUUUGGUUGGUGCCUCAGCUUGUGCUUUUGGGUCUUGCUGAGGCUUUUAAUUUGAUCAGUCAAAUUGAGUUUUACUACAAGGAAUUUCCUGAGAACAUGAGAAGUGUUGCUGGGGGUCUGCUCUUAAGUGGUAUUGCAUGCGCUAAUUACUUGAGCGGUUUCAUGGUGACAUUAGUUCAUCGAGUAACUGGUCACAAUGGGAAAGAAAAUUGGUUAGCCGGGGAUCUAAACAAGGGAAGAUUGGACUAUUUUUACUUCUUGAUUGCUAUAAUUGGAGUUCUCAACUUCAUGGUUUUCAUUGUUUGUGCCAAGUGGUACAGAUACAAAGGCCUAGAAGAAGUCUCGGAGAUUGCCUUGGAGAAAGCCAAAUUAAAACCUUCUCCUGCUUCAAUGAACACUUAGAGAUGAAGAUUAUUUUUGUUGUUAUACUGUAUUUUAAUCGUUACAACUUUGGUAAGGACAUAAAUGAAACGGACCGACGGGGCUUCUUUUAAAUUCUUUUAUGCACAUUUGUAUGGUAGCUAGCCAUGCUCUGUUGCAUUCCUUGUACGUGUUUUGAAGGUCAGAAGAACAUUUUAUGGAAUGGUCAUUAAACCCAUCUUGCAAAAUGUUAGUUUUUUUUUUU